AUUGCUUGCAAAAAAUCAGGGCUCUCGCACUGAUCCGAUCACGACUGAAUCAUGGGCCUUAUUAGCACUCUAUUAGCGGCAGCUUGCAUAAUUUUCGAUGUCACGUACUUUGCAAAAAUGUUCUGGCUCUACUAUCCUUAUUUCAUAGGAAUCAAGAAGCAGAUCCACGGUGUGCACGAAGAAGGAGUAUCUUUGGGGAUAUGCUUGCCGAUAGAUUUGGACUACAUGUGUCACAUGAAUCAUGCAAAAUAUUUGCGUAACUUCGAGUACGCUCGAGGUUCGUUCGCAGGAGCGUCAGGACUCCUUCAGUCAAUAUUCUUCACUGAAAAAAAAGAUCGGUGGUGCGUCAUCGCCGCCGUUGCGGUUCGCUAUAGGAGACAAGUAACUUGUUUUGAAAGAUACAGGAUAACGACAAGGCUAGUGUAUAUCGAAGGUCGGGACUUCUUCUUCGAGCAGAAGAUGAUCGGCGUCAGCGAUAGUUUUGUGAAAGCAGUCUGUCUCGCCAAGGCGACUCUGACACCCAAUGGUGACUGUCGGGAGAUGCUCCUCAGCAACGGUGUCGAUCCGACCCCGUUCUGCGGACCUAUCGAGGACGAUCUGAGGCACUUCAUCGAGCUGAACCGAGCUUCCAGCGCCAAGCUCAACCCUUCGAAAGAAUCGACUCAGAAUCUCGCUGCUGCAGAUGAGACCUUGAUGCACUGA